AACGGCUGUAAUGUAUUUGUUUUUAGCUGCUGUGUUUCCAGUGCAGGUACAUGGUGUUUCUGUGGCUGUACAGUAACGCCAGCUGAAGAAUGAAACGUCUCACUCGUCGACAGUGGGACAAGAAGCAAUGCAGUAACUUCCCGUUUACAGGAAAAUACAGUAACUGACCGUAAGGUAAAGGAAUUUGUAGUAAAAUAGGUACAGUAGGUAGCUAGUUUAAUGUAGCAUUGCUCUAGGUCGCCACUUCCUUUUAAGGUAAAAUACCCGCCAUGAGCUCGUAGAUGUUUACGUUGUGACCAAAGGUUAUUCCGAGUUUGGAGUCACCUCUUACUAAUGACUUUGCAAAAGGGUGUAUUGUAAUAAAAGAGGCACAUGUGGACCAAUUCACCUCCUCGACUGAGCUAGCAGCCAUUUCACAUUAUGUCUAUCUUUGGAGCAGGAGCAGUCUUUCUCAGACUGAGGUACACUUUCCAGAGAGCAGGCUCCUUCACCAGAACCAGACUCAUCCAGAACUCCAGGGCAUGCUUUGCUAAAAGAGGGCAGAUUUUCACCCAGAUACCCAAGGUUGCAUUGUUAUGUUGGGGUGCAGUCAGUGCAUCAUCCUGUGCAGCCACAUGCCAGGAAGCAACUGUCCCACGCCACACUGCUGAAAGAAAGUCUCUUGCCAAAGUGCAAGUGCACAAAGUAAUAUUUUUUCUGCGCCUUAGCUUUCGUGCAUUGGUGCUGCUCCUCAAAUUUGGCCCCCUUCUCCUCUUGUCCCCCUUGGUUCUGGUGUCCACUCGCUGGGCGUCUUGCUGGCUGGAUGCUCUGCUGUGGGUGACUGAAACAUCUGGUCCCACUUUCAUUAAGCUGGGGCAGUGGGCCAGCACCAGGCGGGACGUCUUCUCUCAGGAGUUUUGUGAGCGCUUCUCUAGGCUUCACGUAAGAGUGCCUCCUCACUCCUGGGCCCACACCAAGCAGUGUCUUCGGAGGGCUUUCGGGGAGGGCUGGAGGAAGGUUUUAGUGUUUGAGAGCAAAGAGCCUGUGGGUUCAGGAUGUGUGGCACAGGUGUACAGAGGCUGGGCGAAGGCGGACCAGGUGGAUGACCCAGCUUUCCACUCACUGGUGGAGGAGAUGGAGAAAGAAGACUUGCUUGAAGCAUGGGAGAUUCCUGGUCUGAGAGGAGUGGCCAGGUCCUUGUGGCAGCUCUGGAGGGGGACUAAGGAGGACGAUGGCUAUGAGGAGAGAAGUCACACAGAGGGGGGAGAUAAGGAGAGCAGCACAGAGAAGGAGCACCUGAUACCUGUGGCUAUUAAGGUGAUUCAUCCAGGCGUCAGGAGACAGGUGGAAAUUGACCUGCUGCUAAUGAAAGCAGGCAGUUGGCUCCUGAACUGCCUGCCUGGACUCAAGUGGCUCAGCCUGUGUGAGGUAGUAGACGAGUUUGAGAAGCUCAUGACCAAACAGAUUGAUCUCCGUUUUGAGGCCAGGAACAUCGAGCGUUUCCAGGAAAAUUUCCGCAAUGUGGAUUACGUCAAGUUCCCAACUACGUUACGACCAUUUGUCACCAGGGCUGUUUUAGUGGAAACUUUUGAAGAGAGUGAGCCCGUAUCCAACUACCUGAGCUCGUCGAUCCCUCAGGAGGUGAAGCAGAAGAUAGCCAGGAUGGGAAUAGAGACCAUGCUGAAGAUGGUUUUCGUGGACAACUUCGUCCACGGGGAUCUCCAUCCCGGGAACAUUCUGGUCCAGUGUCGGGGGCCUCAUCCUGAUUCCACUGACAGCACUGGUAUGUCAGGGGAUGCACAUGGCAAGACCACCCUCACUGACCUGUGGGACACAGUGGUGGUCAGCAUCAGGCCCGUCCCAUGUCCUCUCCAGCUGGUGCUGCUGGAUGCUGGCAUCGUAGCCCAGCUCAGCGACCACGAUCUCGCCAACCUCAAGGCUGUUUUUACGGCUGUGGUGCUGCAGCAGGGUGAGCGAGUGGCCGAGUUGUUCCUGCAUCACGCUCGGGCCAAUGAAUGCAAAGACGUACCACAGUUUAAGAAGGAGAUGGCCCAGCUGGUGGACCAGGCCCUCAGCAAAUCCCUCUCUCUGGGAAAGUUCCAAGUAGGAGAUCUGCUCUCCAGACUCUUCGGUCUACUCAUCAAACACAAGGUGAAGCUGGAGAGUAAUUUCGCCUCGAUUGUCUUUGCCAUCAUGGUGCUGGAGGGUCUCGGCAGGUCGCUCGAUCCCAACUUGGACAUCUUGGAUUUGGUCAAACCUCUGCUGCUAAAGAACUGUGCCUCACUGCGAUGACAAACACACACAAACAUACAGACACACAAAGCUCUAGCACAGUGGACCACACACAGACAGGCACCUUAAGUACACAUACAGCUAAGUCCCUACUGUAUACAUAGAGUACAUCUAUAAUAGGGCUGCCACUAACAAUUAUUUUCAUUGUCGACUAAUCUGUCGAUUAUUUCUUUGAUUAGUCGACUAAUCAUUUAAUCGAAAAAUGUGUUAAAAUGUUGAAAAAUGUCGGUCUGUCUCGCCCAAACCCCAAAAUUACGUCAUCUAAUGUCUUGUUUCGUACUCACGCCAAAGGGUUUUAGUUCACUGUCAUGGGAGAGUUUGGAAGCUGCCAAUAUCUGAAUGUAAGAAGCUGCAAUAAGAGUAUUUUGGGGUACUUUUGUACUUUUCUAUGAAAAAUGACUCAAACUGAUUAGUCGACUACUAAAAUAGUCACCGAUUAUUUUAAUAGUCGAUUAGUCAUUGAUUAGUCGACUAAUCAUUGCAGCCCUAAUCUAUAAUUAUGGCACGUGUCUGCAGGUGUAAGACACUUGAAUUUAAUGCAUUUUAGUACCUUUUAGAGAUUAUUUUUAACCAAAUUUAAGAUUUUUGGACAAAUAAUGUAUGUCUUAUUCAAGCAUUGCAAGUAUAAAGGUAAGACGUAUAUAUUUAGUCUCAUGCAGAAGUAGGUUAUGUGUAGGAUUAUGGUUAUUAUUAGUGAGUUAGGCUCAUCUAUAUUUUGUAAACAGGCAUGUAUACAGUAAAAAGACUGCAUUAGGUUGAAUGAUUUGCGUCAGAAAUGGUACUUUGCCACAGAAAAGCUUGACUCAUUUUGACAAAAAGAAAUCAAAGACUUCACUAAUUUAAAUCAAAGACUAUGUAAUGACUUUUAAGGCCUUAUAUUUAGAAAAUGUAAGAGUUUUAAGGACCUGCAGGCACCCUGCUGUACUUUAUUUUCCUAAUGCUAUGAUGACUAAAUUGCGACGCAUGCCCCAAGUGACCUGAGAGGUCAGGAAAUGGUCAUGACAAUCAGUCCGCCCUACAGGAUGCAGUCUGGAGGAUGCUCCGGGAGAUCAUUGUAAACGAUGACAUUAAUGAAUUCACUGACUCUGUGGUGGAUUUAAUGUGUAAAACAACAGGAGCAACAGUAUCAAAACUACAGUUAAAUCAUUCCACAACCAGAAAUGAUGGAUUACCAGAACCAUGCGUUUCGUCUGGAAACAAAGACAAUUAUAAAGCAGCAGACUACGAUGUAAAAAGAGCAUCAGACGCAAAAAGGGAUUCAUUUUAAUGCACAAGUUUGAGUGAUGGUAUGGCAUUUUACUGUAGUUGUAUGAUUUUAUGUUACAAAUAAACUGAUCGGUCAUCUUUAAGCUUACAAGAUUCAAGUGUGGAUCACAAGAUCACUGUCAUCACUACAUUUUAGCAGUGCCCUAAAUACCUCAUUGAGUUUUACACUGUUGGUACAGUAUUUCCACUUCACUCCCAUCUGGUUGAAAUACAAACAUUUCACCCACAGGAGAAUCAUCUUCAAGGCACCUCUAACUGAGCCUCAUGAACGAGAGUAUGUGCGCAUUACAUGACUUGUUUAUUGAGUGCUAAUGGACUCAGACACAUCAGCAGACACACAGAUGGCAUCAGAGACUCUUUGUAGUGAGUUACGACAUAAGAGAAAAUACUGCGAAAGUCCCUGGUUGAUACACUGAAGCAUAUGUUUUACUUUUUAAUGACUGAUAUUGAUCUCAGGAUGUCUUUUAUCACUACAUCUUUUAUUGUAUCUUAGAUAAUGUUGUCUAAUGGGCCAUUACUUGCUUUAGUGUGAAUCACAAUGUACUGUAACACUGAACAUGUGAAACCUUUGGCUAAUUGUUCUCAACAGCUGACCCAUGUCUUUCAGCUUUCCAUUAAAAUAGUGGGAACACUUGUAUGAAUAAUGCAUAUCAAUAAAAAGGAAUCUAUGUUAAUUGAUCUUUGUUUUUUGUUGCCUCUAGUGUAAGUUUUCUCACCCUUUUAGUGAGGUUGACUGAUGCAGAAAAUUCACGUCAUCAAAAGGAACGGGAUCCAUUAAUUUACAAUUUUAUUAAAUCUGUCAAUGAAAAACACAGACAAGAGACGCGGUUCUGUCAAUGUCAUCAGGAAGAACAGUCAGCAUGGCUGAAAGAGUGAGAUCAGGAGGUUUUGGUGCAAAAAAAACUCAUCACAUACCCUUUAUUGCAAAACUGUUGAUUUUUUUCUUUUUUUUUUGUAUCACCAUCAAGCGCCCAGACAGAGCAGCACUGUUCAAGUAAGGAGGGAGGGGGAGAGGUGACAACUGUGUAAAAAAAUCUUUCAAUAAUAAUAAUAAUAAUAAUAAUUAAUAAUAAUUAUGAUGACAAAAGAAAUAAAAACAUCUCUAAAAGACAAACACAAUCACCUCAGUAUAAGACGAGAUUCUGUCACGGUCACAACAACCAGAGAAAAGUUGUUUUUUUUUUCCUCUUUUUUUUUAAUGAAUUAAAUAGUUUUUAAAAAUAUUUCACCAUUUACUUAUACUCAUCUUUUUUCAUUUAUUGCGAAAAAUAGGCAACUGGACUAAUUGUGAUGAUGCGAGUUUUUGUGUGUGUCCGUGUGUGUGUGUGUGUGCGACAGAGAAAUAGAGAUUAAGUGGAGAGAUAUAGUGGAACGUCUUGGAGCGUUGGCACUGAGAGCAGCAGCAGUGUGUGUGUGGCAAUGCAGUACUCUCGUUCGGCCACCGGGUGGCACGGUUCAGUCUGAACAUUCCUCCAGGGCCGGAGCUAUGGUGGCCCACCCUUCCCCCAGCUGUAUCAGAGGAAGUUAAGAUAUGCCAACAACAGCCUCUGUGUUUUUUUGGAAUGAUGCUUGUGUGUUGAAACUUUGUCCACGGUUUCUUAUCUGCGUUGCAAGAUCUCAGUUCUAUGUACAAAGGUUUCAAAUCCCUGAAGGACAUCUACAAAGACAAGUGCAACCUCCAUGUGACCAUCCCCUUUCUGGAGUAGCUUGGGGGAUCAAAGGGUUCCUCUAUGGGGGAAAAAAGGGGGAAUAGUACCAAUCAGAUCAGGUAAACGUGCCACAACAGGACUUAACGGAAUUUCUUGGGAAUAAAAGUCAGGAAUGAUGGCAGAGGACCAAGAUUUAGGAAUGUCAAAAGCUGCAGAAGAAAAGGGGUUGUAACAGAGUGACCUUCCUCAGAGGGGGCACCAAAAUAUCCUAACACAAAUCUUUCUAACAGAAUGUCCAAGAGAGGCGAUGAAACAGGAAAGAAAUCAGCGAAAUGCACAAAUAAAAUAACGCAUCCAUCGUCCGUUUGUCAUAGCCGUUCAUGCUGAUCCAUCAGUCUCUCCAUGCAUUUUAAAAAUAGUCUUAAGCAGUCCUUCUCCGUGUUGAUUGUAGUUUUGUUUUUCGCUCAUCCCCCACUUUUUCUGUCUGUCUUUAUCAGAGCGGCAACUGUCAGUGUGGUGCCCCCUGGAGGACUGGCUGCCCUCCAGUUCUCUGAGGUGGCCCCCGUUAGGAGCAUGCAGCUCAUUUAGAAGGAGGGGUCAAUGGGGAACCAAACAGGAAAGAAGGAAGUUUUGGGUUUGGAUGUGUGGAAGAAAUCAGGGUGUAAACUUUUAGUCUGAUGUGGGUGUUUCUUCCAGAGUGUGGGAGUGAAGGAAGGGGCUGGAAAGAGAGGAGAAGUGUCCAUGUAGGCAGAUCAUGAGCACAGGCACAAGCGCUCAUUAUCUCUCAAAAACACACAAACGCGUCUGUGUUUGAGGCCCUGGCUAUGUAAAGGUCAUGGCAGAUGGAGCUCUGGGCCGCCAACACUGUGAUGUGGAGCUUCUCGUUGACUUUUCUAUCACGUCACUGAAAAGAUCAGCAGCUGUCAGUGGCCCAUGACUGGAUCCAAACAAGGUAAAACUGAGAAUUUGGAGGAGAUUAGAUGGAAGGGACUGGCUGACAUCUUGACGGCAGAAGAGAAGAAGAAAUCUCUUUCAGACAGAGCCUGGCUUCUCUUUUUUUACGUGAGCAGCAUCCUUCUUCAAUUUUACUUUUUUUUUUGGGGGAGAUCUUUUGGAAGACACAGCCACUAUGUCACGUUAUCCCUGUAAGCUUGUCUUUACAUUCCUUAUGGGAACAGAUGAGGUGAUGUGUGGGACUUAAGCCUAUUCAGAUAAGCAUGUAAUGGACGUGUGGGUUAAGACAGGAAAGAAUAAGUCUUAAUCAUCUACUCCAACUCUGUUUGUCUCCAGCGUCUCUCCAUGCUGUUGUUCCACAGGCUGCCACCAGGGGGGUGAUGUUUGGGC